CGGAGGAGACAGCGGAGGACCGGAGAAGACAGUGGAGGACCGGAGGAGACAGCGGAGGACCGGAGAAGACAGCGGAGGACCGGAGAAGACCAGGAGAGCCCAGCGGAGGACCGGAGAAGACAGCGGAGGACCGGAGAAGACAGCGGAGGACCGGAGGAGACAGCGGAGGACCGGAGAAGACAGUGGAGGACCGGAGGAGACAGCGGAGGACCGGAGAAGACAGCGGAGGACCGGAGAAGACCAGGAGAGCCCAGCGGAGGACCGGAGAAGACAGCGGAGGACCGGAGAAGACAGCGGAGGACCGGAGAUGACCAGGAGAGCCCAGCGGAGGCCCGGGAUCACCAUCGGGAGCGGCGGGGACAGGUGAGUACAGCUUCUUAUACUUUACAUUGCUCGAAUCCCUCAACAUACGAUGGAUUCGACAAACGAUGGCUCGUUUGGAACAAAUUACCAUCGUAUGUUGAGGGACCACUGUACUACACUUCACCUUGGAGAUCCUCCACCUGCUGACCGGAGAGGUGAGGUGACCCAUCUACAUUUCCACCAUUGUUGUCCCCCCCAUCUACAUUUCCACCAUUGUUGUCCCCAUCUACAUUUCCACCAUUGUUGUCCCCAUCUACAUACUGGGGUCAGUCCCCUCAUUGUCUCUCUCCAUACACAGGAUUACACCAUAGUGAAGAAGACAUGGGGGGAGUGUGUGGCCCCCAGCAGCCAUCUCCAUGAGUCAGAAGGACGGAGCAGGGCCCGGGGCCCCAUCACGGAGCCUCCACCUCACUCACUGAUACAUGAGGAGAAGAUCCUAGAACUCACCCAUAGGAUCACUGAGCUGCUGACUGGAGAGGUUCCUAUAAGGUGUCAGGAUGUGGCGGUCUAUUUCUCCAUGGAGGAGUGGGAGUAUGUAGAAGGACACAAGGAUCUGUACCAGGACAUAGUCAUGAUGGAGGAUCACCGGCCCCUCACAUCACAAGAUGGAGUCAUUGAUAGAAAUCCACCCGAGAGGUGUCCCCGCCCUCUGUAUUCCCAGGACUGUCCAGAGGGAAAUGUCCCAGAGAAGCAUCAGAAAAUCCCAGUAAGAUUCCUGCUGGAAACAUCAUGUUAUUGCUAAAUUAUACAGUGUAAGCUCAAGAUAUCAUGGAGCGAUCCUCAGGAGGAAACCUUCUUAUCCUUAAUGUCCCUCCAGGACUUCACAGUACAGAUCUAUCCUAUAAUAAUCCCCCUGAUCAUGGGGAACCUACUGACCAAUCACAGACUGUUACCACAAGCACAGAUCCAAAAGGGAAGAAAGGUUUUCACUGUGAUGAAUGUGGAAGAUAUUUUAUAAACAAAAUAGGUUUUAUUACACACAAAAAAAGUCACAUGAGAAGGGAGAUAUUCAUGUUCGGAAUGUGGGAAAUGUUUUAAACAAUGAACAAGUCUUCUUUGACAUGAGAGAAUUCACACUGGAGAGAAGCCGUAUUCAUGUUUAGCAUGUAGAAAAUGUUUCCCAACUAAAUCCUGUCUUGUUAGGCAUAAAAAAAGUGAUGCAGGAAAGAAGACAAAUUCGUGUGCUGAAUGUGGGAAAGGCUUUACGGAGAAAUCAGAUAUUGUUCAGCAUGAGAGAAUCCACACAGGGGAAAAGCCAUAUUCAUGUUCAAAAUGUGAGAAAUGCUUUCUGCAUAAAUCAAGCCUUGUUACACAUAGGAAAUGUCACAUUGAGAUGCAAUAUUCAUGUUCCGAAUGUUGAAAAGGUUUUACACAAAAAUCUCAGCUUGUUAGACAUGAGAGAAUUCACACAGGAGUAAGGCCAUAUUCAUGUCUAGAAUGUGGAAAAGGUUUUAUAUGUAAAUCUCAGCUUGUUAUACAUGAGAGAUGUCACACAGGAGAGAAGCCAUAUUCGUGUUCAGAAUGUGGGAAAUGUUUUACCCAUAAACCAGAUCUUGUUAAGCAUAACAGAAGUCACACAGGCGAGAGGCCAUAUUCAUGUUCAGAAUGUGGAAAAGGUUUUACACACAAAUCAAAUGUUGACAUACACGAGAACUCACACCGGAGAGAAGCCGUAUUCAUGUUCAGAAUGUGGGCAAAAGUUUUGUGCAAAAAUCUUUAUUUUGUUAGGCAUUACAGAAUUCACAGAGGGGUGAAGCCAUAUUGGUGUUCAGAUUGUGGUAAAAGUUACUCGACUAAAUUGAAUUUCGUUAGGCACCAGAAAAGUCACACCGGAAAGAAGACGCGUUGACGACGUUUUGGGAAAAAAUGUUUUGAAACCCAUCAGAGAAUUUACAUCGAGAAGAAACCAUGUUCUUGUUCGGAACGAGAGACGUGAUCUACGAGAAGAGAUAUCGUAAAGGGGUACUCUGCUUCCACUUUCACACUCGGUAACCUAUAGUUACUGGUCUACAACCUUAUGUCAUCGAAGCAACCAGCCAUGCCAAUAAAAAUGUUGCGAAACCUAUACUACAUUUUAUAAAGCUGUCGAACACAAAUUAGUUUUUUUUUUUUACCCUACACUCACCAUUCUCUAAAAAGGGGGUGGGAUCUAGAUUUUUACACUUAAAGGGGUAUUCCAUCCCUAGGCAAAGGAUAAGGCAUAACAUGUCUGAUGAACAUGUUCAGAACUCCGAUUUUGGGUGGCCGUGGUUGUGGCUUCACGCCCGCUCCAUUCAUGUCUAUGGGAGGGAGCGUGAUGGCUGUGGUCACGCAAAUGCUGGGUGCCGGGCUGGAGAUCGUGGGGGGUCCCCAGCGGCCGCAUCCCCGUGAUAAGAGAUCUUAUUCCCUAUCCAACUGAUAGGAGAUAACAUUUCUGUUCCCGGGGGGGCCACCGGU